AGUACUCAUAAUUCCUUCGACCUUCGCCUGUAACGACCCCAUGGAAGACACAUGACAAGUGUUCCCCGGUCCCGGAUCGCUUCGCUAGGGGGCUCAGCCCAAAAAUUGAUCCCAGCUACCAGCUUUUAAGUCGCACAUAUGCAAAAUACAACACAAAACUCAUACACUUCCUGACUUUUAGAUUGGGCGCUCGUGACACUCUUUGCGUCAGCUUCGUUUUACCAUAUCAUUGUAGCAUUCAAUUGCUAUUGCUAUUACGGCUGAGCGCUCGGUAGAAACACAAGUAUACACUUCGUUAGGAUUUUCCAACACGCGUGCGUGACUGAUGCUAUCGUCGCAUAGCACCUAGAUAUUAUUGUGGUAGCAGCGCCUGUAUUAUAGGAGGACGAGGAAACUGCUGAAUCUUCCAAGGAGGAGUUGACAAUGGCAACGCAGCGAAUCAUCAAGCAUAUGGAGCGACUGCUUAGGAGCUAAGACAUUGACGCUGUGGUAAAGAAUCAUCAUGCAGCGCGACGGUGGGCCUAGGGCGCCUGGGGCGACGGUCCUGGUUGCGCUCUGCCUCGCCGGCGUGUUAGUUAGCACACAUGCUGUGAUUGAUCCCGCCAACAUAUGGAAACCUAUUCCAUUUCAGCUCGACGGCAUUGAUUACGUCCUACACUACGAACCCCUCACAUUUGUGGACGCGGUGGCCACAUGCGCGGACGACAACCUGUUGCCGGGCGGGCGGCCGGGCUCAGUGCUUCACUUCGAGGCGCUCAUCCCAACAUUCGCACAUGCAACCACCGCGCUGCCCGACAUCGCAAAUGCCAUCAUCGAGGGCUACGGCCUGACGUCGGACCCCGACCAGGCUGGCUAUAAUCUCUGGGUCUGGGACUCCAGCCGUACCUGUCGGGCGUUCUGGUUCGACCUGGGGACGUCCAUGUUCAGCGCCACUGACGUUACGUGCACCUGGACACUGGGCUUUGUCUGCGUGGACGCCGAGGCGGCGGAGCAGCGCGGGUGGCAGACCAGCCUGCCCUGGUACCGCUCCUACCUGGCCUCUCGGGUGCAGCCCUCGCCGGCCGCGCAACUGGGCCCCGAUACAUGGGGCUGGAGCCUGGCGGAUGGGGAGGCGGUGGGGUCCUUCAGCCCACCGCUCUCCAUCACUGCCUACUUCAACAGCACCCCUGCACUGUGGCAGACGGGGCCGCCGGUCAGCAUGCUGUACAGGGGCGGUGGGCACAACGUGUACGCGCUGCGGCUUGUGCAAGACUCAGCCGCGUCCGUGGCGAAGAGCUGGGAGCUGUUCUGGGACCAAAGGAACCAGCUGGCGGGAAACCACAGCGCGUACUGGGGUGUGUUUGACCUCACUCGUGACUAUGGUGCCGCAUUUGAGGUGUACAACGUGGUGCCGGACGCUCACGACUACGUGGUGUCGGUGCAGGGCUGCUACCUCCCUGGCGUGCAGCUGGAGCGGCUGUACUUCGUGACGCGCACCGGCCGCAGCCUGCAGUUCGGCCGCGGCUACUGCACCGCAUGGUUCAGGCAGGAUGCGCCCCCAGGCGGGUACCUGGCUGCGGUUGCUGGCUGGUCACUCAACCAGACACUGUGGCCCGCGGGACCACCGUAUGACAUGGAUGUGUCCUUCAUCUACCAGAUCCGGCCCAUCUGGGCGGUGCCUCCUGGCGGCAGCCCGCCGCCACCCAUGUCAGUAGACCUGCCGCCGCAGCUGCCCGCAGGGGGCGGCGCCUGCCCCGCCUCCCGCCCACCUGUCGCCGCCAGUGCGCGGCAGCUGGGCCUGCCGGGCGAGUGCGGCGCCGCCACCGGAGCUGUAUGCAAUAGUAACCAGUGCUGCGGUGUCAUGACGUGGGGGCGCAAUCGUCUGUAUGCUGUGUGUGGUACAGGUGUCGCGCCUUGCCAGACCGGCUGCAUGUCUGGCUACGGCAUGUGCGGCGUGUUGCCGGAGCAACCACUGCUUACCUUCGUGCGGCCGCCCAGCCCCCCGCUGUCAUCCUACACCCCACUGCUCCUGGAUGCCUCCAACACGCCGCUGAUAGUCAACGGCAGCCGUGUGGUGAACUGGACCUCCACUGUCACCAGCCCCUCCGCGGCCUACGCCUCCGCGCCCCUGUCGGCCUCAAACCCGCACCAGCCGCUGCCUGUGCUGUACGUCCUCAAAACCGACGGCCCCGUCACAUACUCAGACGCGCUGGCGUUCUGCAACUCUAGCACUCAUCUGGGUUUAAGCUGGGAGAUGGUGGGUGUGGCUGAUUCCCUGGGCUUCACUGUGAGCGGCACCAUGCGGCGCGGAGCCUACACCGCCAUCAAAGACACUGUCAUGUGGUUCCACUCGGAUCCUGACUAUGUCAAGGCGGCACCCGGGUAUGCGUGUAUCCGCGGCAAAUACGGCCCUCAGCCAGCUGGGGUCUACGAUGAGACCAUCGUGGGUCUGGGCCCCUGCGGCAUCACGGCCGCUGCCAUGUGCCGAGCUGUAGGCCUCACAUCCGCCACAACCUCCAAGCAACUUGCCGGCCAGUUGAGGCGGCUGCAGCAGCCGUCUAGCACAACGGCCGCUGCCCCACCCGCCGCCGCGACUGUAUGGAAGCCAGGCCGCCACUCCGUGUGGCUGUCUGCCAAGCACGGCGCCGGCCCCUUCAGCUCCGGCUCCUGCGGCUUUGCGCUGGCGGCGGUCCCGCAGCUGGAGGCGGCUCUGCUUCAGCAGCUGGCGUCACUCGUAGCUGACGCGGACGCACCGGCAGCAGCAGUAAGCCAGACAGCAGGCGCAGGCAACACAACCACCAGCACCACUGCGGCUACAGUCGGCAACAGCACAGCCGCUGCCCCCAUCACAGCAGCUUCUAUCACACUUCCCGGCACCUACAUCGGUGAUGUCGACGUGUCUUCACUGCAGCUGCCGCUGGCGGGCCUUUCUUUGAGUCGCGCCUCCUUUGCUGACAACAGCUCAGACGCCUCUGACCUCAUUGCGGGCCUGCGACUGCACCUCAACACGAGUAGCCAGCAGGGCCCCUCCGCCGGUAUUACUGCGACGCGUGUGGCGGGCGUGGAGAGCAGUGGUGGCUGGGAGGGCAUGGCGCUGGUGCCUGGGGAGGUGGUGGUGGCUGUGAGUGUGUGCGCGGGUGGCUUCGUGGAACGGUUGGUCCUGCACACCAGCACUGGCCGCCUGCUGACACACGCCUGGAGCCGCCAUGCGCGCUGCACCCGCGGCUUCACGGAGGCGGCGCCAGCGGGCGGGUACCUGCUUGGGAUGGCGGGUCACGUGGGCUCGUAUGUGGAAGACCUAGUGUUGGCCUGGGGCAGUCCUCUCCCAACGCCGCCGCCCACCCUUCCGCCGCCGCUCGCCCCGCCCGUAGUGGACACGGCGGCAGCGGGCGGCGCUACCGAUGGCCGCACCAACACCACGUCGACCGUGCAGCUCACCGGCUCAAGCCCCGGCACGAGCAGUAGCAACAACACUGGGAUCAUAGUCGGUGCCGUGGUGGGCGGGACAGUGCUGCUAGUCGGACUGCUGGCGGCAGCUCUUCUGCUGCUGCGCCGACGCCGCAGCCCGGAGCUGGAAAAGCAGAAUCCGUCGGACUCCAUUGAUGCGCGCGGGGGCAAAGCCAGCAUAAGGUUGGACGCAACGACGUCAGGCAGCGGCCAUCAUGGGGGCGGAAGUAUGGCCCUAGUGGCGGCAGGUGCUAGCGGCAUUGACCCGAGGUUCGCAGAGGCUCAUGGUUGCGGCGGCACCUCCACUGACUGGCUGCCGACAGACAACUCCCCCUCAUCAAUGCGCGACACGGGAAAUGCAGUGGCACUGUCGACAACCUCUGUCACUGCUGCCGGCGCUGGCGCGGGUACGGCGGCUGUGCGGCAGGAGGCAAAGCUUGUCGCAGCGGGUCGCGACGUGGGCUGUGCGGUGCGGGGCGGGAGUCAGGCUGCGGCAGCAGCUGCUGCAUGGCGCCCAGCAGAUGGCAUGGGCGUAGGCAUGGGUCUGCUGGAGGCUGUGGCGCAUGAUGACCUAGACACUGACUUGGACCUGGACGGCGACCUGCUGGGGGCGCAUGACCACCAGACAGAGGACGGCGAGGCCCAGCUGCUGGGGCACGGGGCGGCGAUGGUCGCAGCUGUGGCCGCGGCCGCCGCAGCUGGUACCGGAGCGGUGGCUGGUGCCCCGCGAAGUGGCGGCAGCAGCUCUGGCGGGCUACGGUUUGCUGGCGCAAGCAGCGGUGAUGGCACCAAGGCUGGCGCACCGCUAGCCUCUACGGCAUCUAACUGGACGGGCACGACCGCGGCUGUUAGCGGGACCAUGUACGGUAGCAGCACCACUGGAGCGGGUAGCACUGGAACCAGCGGGACAGACAGCCGGCAAGCAGGUAGCCAGGCCACAUCUGGGCCCGACCUGUCCGGAGGGCCAGGUGGGACAGAUGUGUGGGCAGCGCCACAGGCAUUGACUGAAGCCGCGGCGGCCGUUGGUGUCGGCAGCGGCCUGUCCGCCACCCCGCGCAAGGGCUCCACUGUGGGUCCGUCGCUCACGGCCCAACGUGUGGCGGCGGACUCGUCGCUCACAGCGCGGGGCAACCUGGUGCCGGCGCACGCAGACCGAGCCAUGGAGGUCGUCCUCGCGCCAGGCGCAAGCGGUCGUGCUGGCUCCGUCGUCAACUUGGGGAGGGGCAGCACAGGGGCUGGCCCUUACCAGCCGCCAGUGCUUGCGGCCGUCGUCGCAGCACACAACACAGCCAGCGGCGGUGGUGCCUACAGCCCGCCCGCACCGAGCUCAGUGAAGCAAGAGGAUACCACCACACCACCUGGGCCCAUGUCAAGCGCAGAGGGCGUGGCGUUGGCGGCAGCUGCCGUGGCGACGGGAAGUAACGAGUCGCUGGCGGGGCCGCCACCAUUAAUGCUGGGCAAGAAUGUGGCGGUUGACUGGAAAGGCAUUCUCGGUCGAGGCUGCUCCUGUGUUGUGUACCGCGGCAUGCUCACGCUGCCGCCUGGGGAGGGUCCUGCUGCUGGCGUUGCCGAGGGCGCGACCAUCCCAGUCGCAGUAAAGCUGCUCAUGCACUUGGCCGCGGCGGCAGUCGAGGAGGGGGGAGCUGCAGCUGUGCCCACAUCAGCAGGUGAUGGCAGCGACAGAGCGGUCGGCGACGGCGCGGCUCUGCCAGCCGCGCUGGCACAGCUGAACCCUGUGCCGUUGUCACCGGAGCUGCGUGGCCAGCUGCGCAUGCUGCAGGCGGAGGUGGCGGUGCUGAGCCGUCUGGACCAUCCCAACAUUGUCAAGUACUACGGGGCAUGCCUGGACCCGACAACUACAGCCGCAGGGGCAGUGCGCAACAGCAGCGGCGGCGGUCUGGAGACCAGCUCCGCGAGCGCCGGUGGGGACGCAGGGUCUGGGUCCGGCAAGUCUGGCGCCACAUCAUAUUCCGUGCCUCCCGGCAUGUCCAUCGACAUGCCCUUCCUGGUUGAGGAGCUUAUGCAUGUGCCCCUGAGCCGCGUCAUUCAUGCCCGCCAUUUGAAUGGCUCUGGCGCCUUCCUGCACGACUACGGCUUGGUCGACAUCCUGCGCAUCUGCAGGGAUGUGGCAAAUGCUCUGGCGUACCUGCACCCAACCGUCGUGCACCGCGACCUGAAGCCGGCCAACGUGCUGUUGGACGAGCGCGGCACUGCCAAGGUGGGCGACUUUGGUCUGGCUCGCUUCAAGGCGGGCACACUGCUGGCCACAACCAACGUGGAGGUGGGCACCACGCCCUACAUGGCUCCAGAGAACUUCGCGGCGGGCGGCGAGGCGGCCGUGAGCGACAAGUCCGACGUGUUCGCGCUGGGGGUGCUCAUAAACGAGAUGGUCACACGCCAGCGGCCCUGGACCGGCACUCGCAGCGCCGUGGUCGGGUACUUGGUGGCGAUCGAGGGCCAGCGCCCUACCAUGGCGCCCGCUGACCACCCACACUGCCCACCCGGCCUGCGCUCUCUGAUCCAGCGCUGCUGGCGGCAGAACCCCGACGAACGGCCGUCUGGCGCGGAAAUUGUUAAACGCCUCACGCUGCUGCUGGCGGAGCACGCAGCGGCGGCGCUCUAGGUCCCUUGCAGGCGCAGGAAACGAACGGCUGAUCAAAGUGCUGGACUGCUACCGUGCUACGGGCUUACGGCACUGGUAUGCGUUUGAAUGUUGGUUGGCGGGUGCCUAAGUGCCUUUGUGUGUGCGAUGGGACAGUGUUAAGGCAGGUUGGUGAAGUCCCGCAGGGUGCAGCUGAUUCCCAGACCCCAGAAGAUGGCAAACAAGGCGGGUGCCUUUGUGUAUGGUGUGUGUCAAAAAUCGCGCGUUGGAUUGUUGAAGGAGUCACGUUUG